AUGAAUGACUGUUAUAAAUGCCCAGAAAAAGAAUAUCCAAGCAAGAACCGUGAUGGAUGUCUAUCCAAGGAUAUCAGCUUUUUGUCUUAUGAAGAACCUUUGGGCAUCAGUUUAGCCUGUUUCUCUCUUUCCCUUUCCUUGAUCACUGCUCUAGUACUAGGUACAUUUAUAAAACACCACGACACACCCAUUGUCAUUGCAAACAACCGAAACCUCACCUACGCUCUCCUCAUCUCUCUCCUGCUCUGCUUCCUGUGUGCAUUGCUCUUCAUUGGCCGACCUGAGAAGGUCACGUGCCUCCUCCGACAAACAGCUUUUGGCAUCAUCUUCUCAACUGCUGUUUCAUGCGUCCUGGCAAAAACCUUCACGGUGGUUUUGGCCUUCAUGUCUACAAAACCAGAAUCCAGGAUGAGGAAAUGGGUGGGGAAAGCACUAGGCCACUCCAUUCUCCUUUCCUGCUCCAUUGUUCAAGCAGGCAUAUGUACUGUGUGGCUGGCAACCUCUCCCCCAUACCCAGAUGUGGACAUGCACUCUGUGAUGGAAGAAAUUAUACUAGAAUGUAAUGAGGGGAGUGUGGCCAUGUUUUAUUGUGUCCUCAUCUACAUGAGCUGCCUGGCAACUGUGAGUUUUGUUAUGGCUUUCCUUGCCAGGAAAUUACCAGACAGUUUCAAUGAAGCCAAGUUUAUCACUUUCAGCAUGUUGGUCUUCUGCAGUGUUUGGCUGUCCUUUAUCCCUUCCUAUCUGAGCACCAAGGGAAAAUAUAUGGUGGCUGUGGAGAUCUUCUCCAUCUUAGCCUCUGGUGUUGGGUUGCUGGGCUUCAUCUUUUCCCCAAAAUGUUACAUAAUAAUUCUUAGGCCUGAGCUGAACAAUAGAGAACAGCUAAUAAGGAAGAAAAAGUAAAUAAAUAAUAACCUGUCCUUUGCUGUAUCUUGUGCUUUUUUCUUUGUGUGCAGUAGAAUAUUUGCAAACAUGUGUUCAGCUGCUGCCUUACAUAAUUUUU